AUGACGGAUUCAAUGUCAGGACAAUUAAAACGUUUUGAUGCAUAUGCUAAAACACUUGAAGAUUUUCGUAUACGUACAACAAGUGGUGGUCUUGUUACAAUAAUUAGUUCAACUAUUAUAUUUAUAUUAUUAUUUAUUGAAUUAAAAUAUUUUUUAACAAUUGAUGUUGUACAAGUUUUAUUUGUUGAUACAAGUCGACAAGAAAAAAUGAAUAUAACAAUUGAUAUUAAAUAUCCUGUUUUACCAUGUAGUUAUUUAACUGUUGAUGCUAUGGAUGUAUCAGGUGAUACACAAACUGAUAUAAUACAUAAUUUAUAUAAAACAAGAUUAGAUUUAAAUGGAAAUAUAAUUGAAAAUGAUAUUGUUAAAGUUUCAUUACAAUCAUUACCAAAAUUAAAUAAUAAUAGUUUAGAAACAACAACAACAACAAUUCCUGAAUGUGAAUCUUGUUAUGGUGCUGAAACAACUGCACAUAAAUGUUGUCCGACAUGUAAUGAUGUUAAAGCAGCAUAUAGAGUUAAAGGAUGGUCAUUUGAUCCAACUGGUGUUCAGCAAUGUAUUCGUGAAGGAAAAACAAUUGGUAUGAUUAAUUCAAAUAAUGAUGAUAGUACAACAGAAAUAAACGAAGGUUGUCGAAUACAUGGUCAUUUAGAAGUAAAUAAAGUAGCUGGAAAUUUUCAUAUUGCACCUGGUCAAUCAUUUGAACAACAUCAUAUACAUAUACAUUCAUUACGAAAUAUACGUUUAAAUUUGCUUAAUACAACACAUUAUAUUGAUCAAUUAACAUUUGGACAACAAUUUCCAAAUCAAAUAAAUCCAUUAUCAAAUACAAAACAAUUUGUUAAUUUACAUGAUAAUGGUGCUGUACUUUAUCAUUAUUAUGUUAAAAUUGUACCAUCAGCAUAUGUUUUUUUAAAUCAAACACAAUUAAUAACAAAUCAAUAUUCAGUUACAAAACAUAAAAAAAUUAUUAAAAAUUUAUAUGAUUCAUCCGAUCAUCAAAUACCAGGAACAUUUUUUACCUAUGAAAUAAGUGCAAUAAUGGUUAAAUUUAUUGAACAAAAACGUUCAUUAGCACAUUUUUUAACAUCAUUAUGUGCAAUUAUUGGUGGUGUUUUUACUGUUUCAAGUUUAAUUGAUGCUUUUAUUUAUCGUGGUAGUUGUCUUCUACAUAAACAACUUGAAUUAGACAAAGCAACUUAA